CGUCGCGCCCGUCCCCCGGGAGCCUUGACCUCCCCGUGGCGUGGGGAGCCGCGCCGCGAUGCUGCGGUUGGUGCUGGCCGGAGCACGGGCCUGGCUUCGGCCCGCCGGCUGCCGGGGCCUGCACUCGCUGGCAGGAGAGGCAGCGCGGACCGCGGAGAAGCCGCAGCCGGCAGCGAGCUCAGGUCUCCAUCAGCCCGUGCUGCGCAAAUGCGAGCCCCCGGUCUCCGCGCCCCGGCGGCCGGUGCAGGCCUGGGUCGAGUCCCUGCGAGGCUACGAGCAGGAGCGCGUGGGCCUGGCCGAGCUGCACCCCGACGUUUUCGCCGCGGCGCCCAGGCUGGACGUCCUGCACCAGGUAGCCGUCUGGCAGAAGAACUUCAAGAGAAUUAGCUACGCCAAGACCAAGACGAGGGCGGAGGUGCGGGGCGGCGGCCGGAAGCCGUGGCAGCAGAAGGGCAGCGGACGGGCCCGGCACGGCAGCAUCCGCUCCCCGAUCUGGCGCGGAGGAGGCAUCGCGCACGGCCCCCGCGGCCCCACGAGUUACUACUACAUGCUGCCCAUGAAGGUGCGCGCGCUGGGCCUGAAGGUGGCGCUGAGCGUCAAGUUGGCCCAGGAUGACCUACACAUCGUGGACUCCCUGGAGCUGCCCACCGCGGACCCCCAGUACCUGACCGAGCUGGCCCGCUACCGCAGCUGGGGACCCUCGGUGCUCCUCGUGGACUUGACACACGAAGGGAUGCCCCAGAACGUCGUGGAGGCCACGGCGGGGCUCAAGACAUUCAACCUGCUGCCAGCUGUCGGCCUGAACGUGCACAGCAUGCUGAAGCACCAGAGCCUGGUGCUCACGCUGCCCGCCGUCGCCUUCCUGGAGGAGAAGCUGCUGUGGCAGGACUCGCGCUACGGACCCCUGUACCCCUUCCGCCUGCCCUACCGCGACUUCCCCUGAGCCCCGGGGCUCCGUGUCGCCUCUCUUUUUUUAAAUAAAUAAUAAAGCUUAUUUUUUACCCCGAGAGAGUAAGCA